AUGAGUAUACCACCAUUUAGACCAUAUGGAGGAGAAGAUUAUCGGGUAGUAAGUGAUUUAUCAAGAUUUGAUCAUGAAAAUAAUAUACCAAAACUACGAUCAAGAAAUACUACACCAACAAAUACAGAAAUUACACAAUCAUCAAAAUUAACUUUAGAUACUAUUAUACCAUUAUAUUCAAGUAAAAUUGAUGAAGGUCCAAAAUAUAAAUUUUUAAAUGAAUCACAACCAGAAAAAAGAGUUAGAAUACGACCUAGACAAUUUUCAAUUGCAAUUCAAGUACCUCAAGAUCAUUUUAAACCUAAACCAAAACCACCACCAAAAGAUUUUGUAAGUAGAUCAAAAUCAGAAAAAGAAUUUUUACCAUAUCCAGCAUCAAUAAAUGAACCAAUAAAUGAAUUACCACAAUUACCUCAACCACAACAGAAAUUAAAACUAGACCCAAAUCAAUUUGAUAAUAAUGAUUCUGCAAGUAUAUUGUCAAGACAAAAACAAUUAGAACAUGAAUUAGUUAAAACUGUAAUGAAUAGACCUUUAUUAUCAUUUAAAGCAGAUCGAUUUGGUGAACAAUAUCAUGGGAAAUAUAUUACUAUUACAGUUAAUUUCUUGUUGUAUUUAUUUGAAAUUUGUUGUAGUAUAAUUGAAAUCGUAUUAUCUUCAGUUUUAUUAGAUCAUGAUCAUAAUAUAUCUGUGGGGAUUUAUAGAUAUUUUGUUGCUGAUGGAAUUAUAUCAUUAAUUAUUGCAUUAUUAUUUACAUUACAAGCAGUUAAUUACGAAAAAAGGAAUGGGAAUUUCUAUUGUUUAGCUGCAACUAUUAUUAAAUUGGUUUCAUUUAUUUUAGUUAUUUCAUAUGUAUUUCCUUCGGAUAAUGCUGCUACUGAUAAAAUAUGGCUGAUUAGGAGAGCAAUCGGUUCGUUUAUUAUAAUAUCUACAUUCUUAUGGAUAAUAAACUUAAUCAUGUUUUUAACUACAUUAUAUAUAUCAAGAUUAAAUUUAUUAGAAGAGUUGAAUUUUGAUUAUGGUCAUAGAGGAUUAAAUGAUGAAUUCAAUAGAAGUAGAAUUGGAGAAAAAAAUUAUCAUGAACAAUUACCACCACAACAACAACCAUUAAAAGAAUUUUAUUUAAACGAGAAUGGAGAAAUGUAUGAAUUAAAUGAACAUGAAAGAGAGUCUUAUAAAAAUAAAAAUAAGAUCUUGGUUUAUACAUUUUAG